AUUGUGUAGAGUCAGUUUUGCAUGUAAAAUGGCGGCCUCGUCGUUUGUGUGGUAUGGUUUGUGGCAAAAUGUCAGCUGACAUUGGGCAUUCCUACGCUUUGACAACGCUUUCGUUGGUUCACCGGCCCACUAACAUGCUUUUCCCAAUAGAAAACUAUGAAUGGUGGUACGACUUUCGCGAAAUUGUUUGCACGAUAAAAAAAAUUGUGCCAAAAAACGCACAAAUAAUUUCAAAGAUAUAAAAUGCAGCCAGGAUGUUUGCAUGAUUCAGUUUACGUUUCUCUUCUUCUUUUCAACUAACAAAUUCUAAUAUCAUGGCUUUACCAUUGGAUCAACGCCGUCGUAUUGCUCUGGCUUACGACGGUUCAGAGGAUGCUCAAAAGCUCUUCAAAUGGGCUAUCACCAACAUUUUCAAACCCGAAUCAGAUCAUAUCAUACUUCUGUCAGCUAUUAACGGCACAGAAGCCAGGCGUGGAAGUGGGUCUGGAUCUGAGUCCAUACUCCGUCGUCGACUUUCACUACCCAUGACAUCCGCAAACCCUAGCGAAGUGAGCGCCAUGGUCAAUGAUCCCUCUCAACAUGAACUUCUCGGAUCCGAUCUAGCUAGACAAAGACUUCAAGAUAUGGCCGCCGAGCUGCAUACCCUCUCUGCCACAAGCGAAGAGCACAUUUUAUGGGGCGAUCCAAGGCAGCUCAUCCCCAAGUUCACGCAAAACCACUCGGUUGAUUUACUUAUCAUGGGAUCCAGAGGUCUAAGCAAGGUUAAGAGUGUCUUUGUAGGCUCAGUCUCUGAAAAAUGUAUUCAGGAAUGUCCUUGUCCCGUCCUCGUGGUCAGAAAUACAACCAUUUAGUACGUACGCACGUACGUGGCGUGAAACUUUCCACCCUAGUAAAUCACAGUGCACAUUUUCAACAUCAACAAUUAUUCGACUAUGUAUAUUCUUUAGUUCUUUUGAAGGAUCAAGCCUGGGGAAGAGUGCAUUGGAUCCAAUUGUG